AUGUCAAUUGAAGUGGAAUCAGCAAAUACAUACGAAAUAGACUCCACCCUAGCAAUCAACCCCCUCACACCAACCACCUAUCAAUUCUCCCCACCCUCCAACAAUGACACCACCACCAGCUUACUCCAACCAUCCCCAGAACUCAGUUGGGACCUCCUCGACAAAAUGCACAUCUCCUCCACUACAGCCACCCCAGAAAUGGUGGCACAUAAAUUAAUAAUCAACCCCGAAAGACAAAACCGGACCCGGUUUAGGUUUAAACGACAAGGCAUCACCGGUGAAAUUGGAGGAUAUUCUGAAGAAGUGGUGUUGAAUGAGUCAGGUAUUGGGAGUAGUGGAAGUGGGAGUAUGAGUGUGAAUCGGGGAUAUUCGUCGAAGAAUGAGUCAAUUCGGGGUAGGACUAGUUUUUUACCUUUCCAGCCGGGUGGAUUGAUGGCAAAGGCGAGAAAAGAUGAGGAUGGUGAUGGGAACAGGAGGAAUAAUGUGGCGAUGUUGGGGUUGCAUAGGAAUGAAAUUGGGUUGUUUGAUGUUCCGCCGGGGUUUGCGAGGGGAUUGCUGAUUGGUGAUGAGAUGAAGGAAUUGGAUAUUUCGGAAUUGGGAGAAGGUGAAAUGGUGGAUGAGGAUGAGAGUGAUGGGGUUAUUUCGAUGAGACAACAUACUGUGAAAAAUCUCACCAAUGUUGAUGAAAGUAGACCGGGUAAGAUUGGAAAUGUUUCUGUUCCCGUUGAUGCAAAAGAAAUUGAAGGAUUGGUUCCAUUUGAUUAUUCAACCUUCAAAUAUCAAGAUGUCAAAUCCAAAGAAAAACGUACUUGGGCCCACGUUGUUGAUCUCGACCAUAAAAUCGAAGAUUUUCAUGAAUUAGUCCCCAAUAUGGCCCGGACUUGGCCAUUUGAAUUAGAUACAUUCCAAAAAGAAGCCGUAUUCCACUUGGAACAAGGAGAUUCAGUAUUUGUUGCUGCUCAUACUUCAGCGGGGAAAACCGUAGUGGCGGAAUAUGCAAUUGCAAUGGCUACCCGAAACAUGACCAAGGCAAUCUAUACUUCUCCCAUCAAAGCAUUAUCAAAUCAAAAAUUCCGAGAUUUUAAAGAAACAUUCCAAGAAGUCGAUGUCGGGUUGAUCACGGGUGAUGUUCAAAUUAAUCCCCAAGCAAAUUGUUUAAUUAUGACAACGGAGAUUUUGAGAAGUAUGUUAUAUCGAGGAGCUGAUUUGAUUCGUGAUGUUGAAUUUGUUAUAUUUGAUGAAGUUCAUUAUGUGAAUGAUAUUGAUCGUGGGGUGGUUUGGGAAGAAGUUAUUAUUAUGUUGCCUGAUCAUGUUAAAUUUAUCUUAUUAUCUGCUACUGUUCCAUUAUGCAAACUUAAACGAUUAACCCAUCCAUCCUGCUUUAUUUUUGUGUCGGCAAAGACUCAGUUGUUUAAAGUUGUGGAUUCUAAUAGGAGGUUUAUGGAAGGGGAGUUUAAGAAACAUAAAGAUUUAUUAGAUGAGACAUCGAAGAAGAAGAAGGAAUUGCCUACAACCACUAUGGGAUCCGGCAGUAGAGGUGGACCAGGAGGAAGCGCUAGAGGGGGGAACAGAGGUGGUGGUCGUGGUGGCCGUGGUGGAGGUGGUCGUGGAGGUGCUGGCGCAGGUGGUGGUCGUGGUGGUGGUGGAGGUGGCGGCCGCGGAGGAGGAGGUGGAGGUGGUCUUGGCCGUGGUAAUUUCCUGAACAAACCAGGUGCAAGACGUUUCGGACAAGAUGGUCCCAAUAAGAACACCUGGAUAGACAUGGUUCAUUAUCUCAAAAACAAUACAUUACUUCCGGCAGUUAUAUUCGUCUUUUCCAAAAAGAAAUGUGAAGAUUGGGCAGAAACUUUACGUAGUAUUGAUUUUUGUACUGCAAAAGAAAAAUCAGAAAUUCAUAUGUUUAUUGAUCGUGCUGUUGGGAGAUUAAAGAAGGAAGAUAGAGAAUUACCCCAAAUUCUUAAAAUUAGAGAUAUGUUAAGUCGAGGAAUUGCUGUUCAUCAUGGUGGAUUAUUACCAAUUAUGAAAGAAUGUAUUGAAAUCUUAUUUGCUAAGACAUUAGUUAAAGUAUUAUUUGCCACUGAAACUUUUGCCAUGGGAUUGAAUUUACCUACUAGAACUGUUAUUUUUAGUACGAUUAGAAAACAUGAUGGUAGGAGUUUUAGAAAUCUUUUACCGGGUGAAUUCACCCAGAUGUCAGGUAGAGCAGGUAGAAGAGGGUUGGAUAAAACGGGGACGGUUAUUAUUAUGUCAUAUAAUGAUCCAUUAUCACCUACUGAUUUUAAAGAAGUUGUAUUGGGUACUCCCACGAAAUUACUGUCACAAUUUAGAUUGACGUAUAAUAUGAUUUUAAAUCUUUUAAGAAUUGAAGCAUUGAGAGUGGAAGAAAUGAUUAAGCAUUCAUUUAGUGAGAAUUCCACACAAGUAUUAUUACCUGAGAAUCAAAAACGAUUUGAUGUUUUGACUGAUGAAUUAAAAGAAAUGGAAAUUGAACCAUGUCAGGAAUGUAAUUUGGCAGGUACAGAAGAAUGCUGUGAAUUAUUAACACAAUAUGAACAAGUAUAUGGAGCUUGUGUUACUGAUAUACAUAAAUCACCAUUAUUAAAGACACAGUUUUUAAGGAUUGGAAGAUUGGUUUGUUUUAGAGAUAAGAAUGAUGCAACCCAUGUUGGAUUUGUGAUUAAAUCAGAUAGUGCUAAUGAUGCGGUGAUUCUUUUAACUUUUGAUCAUGGUGAAGAAUAUGAAAAAGCAGCUGAAAGAGAUAAAUUACCAUAUAUUCCUCAUUCGCAAUAUAUGAUGAAAAAUUUCUCCAAGAUUAAGUUUAAUGGAAGAUUAAGACUGGUUUCUGUCCCAUAUGAGAAUAUUCAAUUUAUUGGUAGAUAUUCAUUGAAGGUUCAUAUGGCUGAUAUUAUUGCUAAUCAUCCUGGACAAGUCCAAGAAGCAUCGGUACAAAUCAAACUUGUAACAAGAUAUCAAAACAAUUUUGAAGAAAUGCAUCUUGGAGCAGCGCAACAGUUAUCAUUACAUGAAUUAGCCGAUGAAAAAGAUAGACUAUUUAAGGAGAUUAGUCAAAAUCCAAAACCAUUCACUUGUAGUCAAUUCAAGAAACAUUAUCGACAAUUUAGAAAACGAUAUAUAUUGACUCAAGAAGUUGAGAAUUUACAACGAUUAAUUUCCGAUGAGAAUCUUGAUUUAUUACCUGAUUAUGAACAAAGAUUGGAAGUGUUAGAAAGUUUAGGUUUUAUUGAUGAACAUCAUAAUGUUGUUCUUAAGGGUCGUGUUGCAUGUGAGAUUAAUUCCGGUUGGGAAUUGAUUAUAACUGAAUUAGUAUUGGAUAAUUUCUUGGGAGAUUUUGAACCUUCAGAAAUCGUUGCAUUACUUUCUUGUUUUGUAUAUGAAGGUAGGACAAAGGAUGAAGAACCUCCAUUAAUAACUCCUCGUUUGGAAAGAGGAAAACAAAAGAUAUUGGAAAUUGCCAAUAAAUUAUUAAAAGUCUAUACUGAAAAACAAGUUUCAUUAACUACUGAAGAAGAAGAUUUUGUUGAAAGUAAAAGAUUUGCUUUAGUUAAUGUUGUUUAUGAAUGGGCUAAUGGACUUUCAUUCAAUGAGAUUAUGCAAGUUAGUGUUGAAGCUGAAGGGACAAUUGUUAGGGUGAUUACUAGAUUAGAUGAAAUUUGUCGAGAAGUUAAGAAUGCAGCAUUGAUCAUUGGUGAUUCUACAUUACAUUUAAAAAUGGCCGAAGCUCAAGAAAGAAUCAAGAGAGAUAUUGUAUUCUGUGCUUCAUUAUAUUUAUAG